AUGAAAAGAUUAAGAACGAUGUCAUUGAAUUCCUCAAAGAGAACAAUUCAGAUUGCGGAACUCCAGAAGAACAAAUUAUUCAACAUUUCUCACACAUAUACUCCGCAGAAGAAGUUAAGAAAGCAGUUGAAACAGCAAACUUUAAUGGUGAAAUCUACUCUACAAGCGAAGAUAAUUGUUAUAAUCCUUGCUAA